GAAGUAUCUUGCAGAGCAAACCACGUACAGGCCACAGACUGUGUAAAAUACAGUCACAGGCCUUAUAGUCUUAUAUCACAGUACCACGCCUGGCCACAGAGGGCGCUGUGGGCCCGCGCGCCUCUCCGGAAUGCUCCGGAAAAGACCGAACCGACCCGGAAACAGUUGAUAACGGUCCCGGCCAACAGCAUGUAGCCGAGCUGUUGUUCUCAUUCGCAUCAAGUCUCUUGUUUUAAUUAAGCUGUUUUAAACGCUUCGCACGAGUUCAUAUUUUAAUAACUUUCAUCAGAAACUCUUCUUCAGGAGAUGGGAGUCCCGGCCUUCUUCCGCUGGCUGAGCCGGAAAUACGCGUCCAUUAUUGUUCACUGUGUCGAGGAGAAGGGGAAAGAAUGCAAUGGAGUCCGCAUACCUGUCGAUACAACCAAACCAAACCCCAACGAGGUGGAGUUCGACAACUUAUACCUGGACAUGAACGGGAUCAUCCAUCCUUGUACACAUCCAGAAGACAAGCCUGCCCCGAAAAAUGAGGAUGAGAUGAUGGUCGCCAUUUUCGAGUACAUUGACCGCCUGUUCAACAUCGUGCGACCCAGGAGAGUCCUCUACAUGGCCAUCGAUGGAGUGGCUCCACGGGCCAAGAUGAACCAGCAGCGCUCUCGGCGGUUUCGUGCCUCCAAAGAGUCGGUGGAGCUGUCGGAGGAGAAGAGCCGCAUCAGGGAGGAGGUCAUCGGGAGAGGAGGUUACCUUCCACCUGAAGAGAUCAAAGAGAGGUUUGACAGCAACUGUAUCACUCCAGGAACAGAGUUUAUGGACAACCUGGCACAGUGCUUACGAUACUACGUCGCAGACCGCCUGAGCAACGAUCCCGGAUGGCAGAAUGUCACAGUGAUCCUCUCUGAUGCCAGCGUCCCUGGUGAAGGUGAACACAAGAUCAUGGACUACAUCAGGAGACAGAGAGCUCAACCUCACCACGACCCCAACACACACCACUGCCUGUGUGGAGCCGACGCUGAUCUGAUCAUGCUGGGUCUGGCCACCCACGAGCCAAACUUCACCAUCAUCAGAGAGGAGUUCAAACCCAACAAGCCCCGCCCCUGUGGUCUGUGCGGACAGACGGGUCAUGAAAUCAAAGACUGCCAAGGGACGGCCAGAGAGAAACAGGGAGAGCACGAUGAGUUUGCAGACUCGAUGCCUGCGUCUGAGCAGGAGUUCAUUUUCAUCAGGCUAUGCGUUCUGCGGGAGUACCUCGCCAGAGAGCUGACGAUGGCCAGCCUGCCCUUCGAAUUCGACUUUGAGCGCAGCGUGGACGACUGGGUCUUCAUGUGCUUCUUUGUUGGGAACGACUUCCUGCCUCACCUGCCAUCCUUAGAAAUCAGAGAGGGAGCCAUCGAUCGUCUCGUCAGGAUCUACAAAGAUGUCGUGCACAAAACCGGCGGCUACCUGACGGAGAACGGCUACGUCAAACUGGAGCGGGUGGAGUUGAUCAUGCAGGCGGUGGGCGUGGCUGAGGACAACAUCUUCAAGAAACGCAAAGAUGACGACGAGGGCUUCAAGAGGAGAAUGAAAGAGAAGAAGAAGAGAAUGAAGGCGGAGCAGCAAGGCCCCGCCUACCUGACCACAGGCCAGUUCGCCCCUCAGGCUCUGGGGAGAAGAGAUCGACCCGAGGCCGUCCAGAACGCCCGACAUCAGGCCUUCGACAUGAGGAUGCAGUCGAACAAGGAUGCCGCUCAGUCCCUGAAGGCCACGAUGAAGAACGGAGGCAAUUCGUCUGCAGGUCCCAGCGACAGCACAGACGGCAGAGGUGUGAAGAGGAAAGCCGAGGACAGCGACAGCGAGCCAGAGCCUGAGGACAACGUCAGGUUGUGGGAGGAGGGCUGGAAGCAGAGAUACUUCAAGACCAAGUUCGACGUGGACGUGUCGGACGACGACUUCAGGAAGAAGGUGGUGAAGUCGUACGUGGAGGGUCUCUGCUGGGUGCUGCGCUACUACUACCAGGGCUGUGCCUCCUGGAAGUGGUACUUCCCCUUCCACUAUGCUCCGUUCGCCUCCGACUUCAAAGACAUCAAAGAGAUGUUCACCGAUUUUGAGAAGGACACCAAACCAUUCAACCCACUGGAGCAGCUGAUGGGAGUGUUUCCUGCAGCCAGCGGGAACUUCCUGCCUGAAACCUGGAGGACCCUCAUGAGCAGUCCGGAGUCCUCCAUCAUCGACUUCUACCCCGAUGACUUUGCCAUCGAUCUCAACGGCAAGAAAUACGCCUGGCAGGGCGUUGCCUUGUUGCCUUUCGUGGAUGAACGUCGGCUGAGAGCGGCUCUGGCUGAAGUCUACGGCGACCUCUCACCUGAAGAAGUGAAAAGAAACAGUCUGGGAAGCGACAUUUUGUUCCUUGGGAAGACUCACCCGCUCUUCGACUUCAUCCACGAACUGUACCGCACAGAAUCUCUUGAGGGCACUGAGAUCCCUGCAGAGCUGUGCCAUGGAAUCCAGGGUACACUAAAUCUUGAUGGCGACCCUAUUCUACCAGAUAAGGCGGUGACGUCACCGAUCCCAAUGCUACGAGACAUUGCACAGAACAACUCCAUCGGAGUGAAGUUCAAGGAUCCGCAGUAUGCAGAUGACUUUGUGUUCAAGGCGGUCCUUCUUUCUGGAGCCAAGAUGCCCAAUAAGGUCCUGAAGCCAGAGGACUGGGAGAGGGGGAACAGGGAUUCAUGGAGACCUCAGCUGGGCUUCAACCCCAACAGGCAGCAGGCUCACCUGGGCCAGUCUGGUUUCCGUGCUCUGGGUCACAGUAUGAACAGAAACCAACAUGGAGGACAGUACAGCAGCGCCCCACCACCAGGCAACUACCAUCAAGGAAGCUACCGACAACAAGGAGGACACCAGCCUUUCCAACAUUCCAGGCAGCACAACAGUUUGCUGGGAGCGCCGCCCUCCUUCCAGCAGCCCCAGUUCCCAAGGCAGCAGCAGCAGCAGCAGCACUACAGCGGGGGGAGUGGAGGGAGAGGGGGUCACGGCUGGGAUCGAGCCCAGCAGUCUCAGCACUCGUCGUACCAGCAGAACCAGAGCCGUGGCCGGGGAGGGGCGGGGCCAGGCGGCUACCAGCAGCGCUUCGAUCAACGCAGAGAGGAGUGGAACCGUGACAACCGGGGGCAGCAGCAUCAGAGUUUCAGCUCUGGCAGAGGUUACCCUCUCCCUCCUCCCUCCAAGAGAUACCCCUGGAACUAAAGUCAGCGGGGACGUGGACCGAGGGACCACAUUUGGACGGGGUGGGAUUCCGGCGGAUAUUUGUAGGGGAGACAUGUCAUCUUUUUUCAUUUUAUUGUCUUCUUGUACAAUGAAUUUCUUUUCUUUUUAUUUGACUUAAAACAAAAACAUUGUGUUUAUGUAACUUGUGAUUUUUAAGAUGAUCAGCCUGUAAAACUUGUCAAAUACAAGUGAGUCACGGACCGAGUCCCCAUGUGUUUCUUUUUGAGAGGAGUCUCUCCGAAGUGGUCCGAAGUGGUCCGAGUGUUCCAAAAGACCAAAACAAAAAAUAAAGAGUUGGGAUAAUA